GGCGGGCAAAUGGUCCCGACACUGGCCUUCGGCAUUCCCGGCGGACCGAGCAUGGCGCUGUUUAUGGGCGCCAUCAUGAUUCAUGGAAUCGUGCCCGGCCCGGAUAUGCUGAGCCGCAAUCUCGACGUGACUUAUGCCAUGGUCUGGAGCGUUGCGAUCGCCAACAUUCUGGGCGCCGGUAUCUGCUUUCUUUUUGCAGGCUACCUAGCAACGCGUGACUGGGGCGAUAUAUAUGUCCUGCUGAUCUUCGGGGUCAUUGGCGGGACGAUGAAGCGGCUGGGUUGGCCACGCCCACCUCUUGUGCUCGGCUUUGUUCUCGGCGUGAUGAUCGAGCGCUACCUGACAAUAUCGGUCACUCGAUUUGGCAUCGAGUGGCUCGCCCGUCCAGGGGUGGUUGUCCUGUUCGUCAUCUCCGCCGUCAUGCUGAUCAAGCCGCUCUGGGGGAACUGGAAGAAAUUUCGGGCAGGCGGGGGGAACAGGCUUGCGUUUGUUUUCACCCCCGAGCUGCUUUUCUAUCUGCCCAUCACGGCGAUCGCGGCCUACAUGCUUUUCGAGGCAAGCGAGUGGACAUAUCGGGCGCGCCUGGGUCCCACGAUUGUGCUGACCACCGUCUUGAUAGCGAUUGCCAUAAGUUUUGUGGGGCAGAUCGUAAGGCCAAGGAUACCCGACGCCGACGACGGAGCCCAUUUCGAUGUGAAGAGCGACAUGGGUGGGCUGGCAAAUAUGGUGGUGCUUCAGCGCGCUGCCAUCUUCGCUGGCUGGAUGAUUGGCUUUUGCAUAUCCAUGGCGCUCAUCGGCAUGAUGCCAACAGCAGCACUUUUUGUGGUGCUCUACAUGCGCGUCGAGGGCAGGGAGCGAUGGCUCACCUCUCUGCUCUACGCGCUCGCCAUAGCGGUGUUCAUCUAUGUGAUUUUCGUAAAAACGCUGAAUGUCCCCUGGCCCCGGAGCAUGCUCGGGAAUUGGUUUCCCGAUCUGGUAUAUCUUGAUCGCGACAAUGUCGCGCUUGGAGCGCGCGCCUAUGUUCCGGUGGGCGAUGGCCCUUUUCCAGCCGUUGUGGAUGCGCAUGGCGGGUCUUGGGUGAAAGGAAAAUAUGCCAAUAACGACCCGAUCAACCGGCGCAUUGCGCAGGGCGGGGUUAUGGUGCUGGCAGUGGACUACAGCCUGCCGCCCAACGGCACCUAUCCAUCAUCGGUGGCCGAUAUCAAUUACGCG